AUGGAAGAUAAAUCAAAGCGCCGCAUGUCCUUUUUCAAAAAGGAUCGGCCCAAGUCCUCGGCUGAAGGAGCAUCGGCUGGCACGCCCCCCGCCUCAUCGGGUGGCAUGCGUGCGGCGGAGAUGAAGAUGACGGACGCUCAACGCAUUGCCGUCAUGGAGCUUGUUCGUGCUGGCACGCUGACGGUAGACGAGGCUAUGCAACAGGUCCUUCAGACCGAAACCGAGCUGGCCAAAGGCGGCUCGCCUGCCGCGACCACAUCUGCCGCGACCACCGCCAAAGGCAAGCCCCCAGCCAAGGGGGGAAAUCGCUCGUCCACCGCCGACCCCAUCGACGUCAAUGCCUUUGCUGCUCUGGCGGCCCAGCUUGAGGUCAAGCGGGACAAAGCUGGGGUACAGCAAGUGCCUGAAGAGCCGCAAGGCGUGGCACCUCCAAAGCCCGAGCCUCAAGCCGAGGUUUCCGCUGGGACCAAAGCUGAAACAGCGCCAGAGACCCCAUCUGAGCCGCCGGCCAAAGCAGAUGCUGCUGACGCUACUCCUCCGCAUGAAUCCGAGCUCAAACCCAGCAUUCACGAUCCCCCCACGCGCCCCGUACCCAAGCCGCGCCCCGCCAGUACAAUUCAAAGCCACACAAACGCAUCGGAUGCUUCCCUGUCGUCGGGCGAACAGCGCGGCCCCUCCAAAGAGCCACGCCCCUAUGAGGAGGUGAAAAACGAGGUUGUGGUCAUCACGCCUGCCUUGGAGGGCUACAGCAACCAGCGCUUCGUCACCCUGCGUCGCGAAGGCAAACUGGGUCUCCAUAUUGCCACAGCAGAUGGCAUGGACUUUCCCAGAGUCCUCAAGGUUGUGCCAGGGGCAGCCGCUGAUGGCCUCGGUUGCUUUGAGGCCGGUGACUCAAUCCUCAACGUCAACGGAUUCUCCAUGCGGAAUAAGCGGUCCGAAGACGUGGUCAACGUGAUCCGCACCCGGCCGUACAUUGAAAUGAUGAUUGCCGUGGCAGCCAACGAUGUGUGGCGCAAAGAAAUCGAGGCCGCCGCUCGCCGCCUGGGUAUCUCUGAUAUCAAGGGCCUCAAAGCCAGCGAACUGAACCUCUCCAAUGAGGAUUUGCUUAUGGUCAUGUCCCAGGUCAAAGAUGGUCGGAUGACCAUCGACCAGGCUCUGGAACAGGUCAAGGCGCGUCAUCUCAAGCAGCAGGAGGAGAAGGCCCUCGAAGCACAGCGCAAGGCUGAAGCAGCCAAGGCUGCUGCGGAAGCACGCCGUAAGAAGAAGCCCAAGAAAAUCUAUUUGGACGCUUCACGCAUCCUUUUUCAGGCCAAGGUCCUCAAAGACUCAAAGCCGACGGAAGAAGAUGACGAUCUCUUGCGCGUAGGAGCCGGCGAACGCGUCAACGUGAUCGACGAUGACGAGGACGAUGUCUACGAGUGCGAAUUUAACGGCAAAAUUGGCUUUAUUAAGCGCCGCAAUCUGCAAAAGCUGGAUGGACCCCUGGUCCUGCCCAAGCGCCCAGGAGCCACGGCUGCCCCCGAGCCAGAAAGUGCUGCCAGUGCCAUGGACCCCGAGCUUGAGGCUCUCAUGGCUGCUGCCGCCAAGGCCCAGGAAGAAGCCGCUCAGGCCAUGCGUGACGCUGAUAGCGCACGCACGCAACUUGAGGAAAUUCGCACCAAGGUAGCCGAGAUGCAGGCGCAUGAGCAAGAUGGCGAAGAGAAUCUGGAUGCGCACGACCUUGAUGCGGAUGACGAUGACAAUGAUGAUGUGGAGAUGAAGGCAGAGAUCGAAAACGACAAUGCGAGUGCCCCCGAAGCCGCGGCAGUCUCAGACGAGGAAGCGCAAUAA